AUGGAUCAGCUCCGCUCUAUCAAAUUGGGCAAGGCAGUCCCUCGUGACUGUCCCCACCCUCCUGAACACAGAGGCCCAAGCAAUCAGCCUGGAUCCCAAAGUAUAUCCUGGCUUCCGAAACCCCCCAAGAAGCCGGACAAGCCGGCUUCCUUGAGACCUACCGGUGUCAUAGCACCUGAAGGCAAGGUGUUGGCUGGUCACCUGCGGAAACAACUCAAGCCCACGCUUCGAGCUGUAAUGUCUGAGGUGACCCAAUUCGGAUUUGUACCAGGCCGGGGGACGGAAGAAGCAAUAUGUAAGGCGCUGACACACGUAGACGAGGCCAGAAGACGAGCGAGUCACACACAGCGACAGGCAGGGCGCGGUCACAGAGGUCUCAAAUUACAAGGAAGCCUCGCAUUCAGUGUAGACAUGAGCAAGGCGUUUGACAUGGUAGACCGAAGAAGACUACGAGAAUCACUGGAGCUAGCAGAAGCGGACCCCUUCCUCAUCGACCUGGUAGGGAAACUUCACAUUCAAGCCCUAUACGACAUGACUGCCAGUGAUCAGGCAUUCAGUAUUGCCACUAGACGAGGCAUCAAGCAAGGAUGCAAACUAGCCCCAUCACUAUUUGCAUUUGCCACUUUCCUACUAUUUCGCAGACUAGGAGAGCAGUGUGACAUAGCCACGUUGCAGAGGAUCCUCACAAUGUAUGCGGAUGACACGCUACUUCAAAUGCACUUUGAUGACAAACAGCAGCUGCAGGAAUCGCUCUUUUUGUGUGAUUUGCUUCUGGAUCAACUCACGGAACUUGGAUUCAAAGUUAAUCCAGAAAAAUCUGCGCUGCUUCUUCAGAUGCACGGGGGAUCAGCCCAACAGAUCAGGCAAAGCCUUUUAACAACCAAGCAGGGAGUCAAGUACGCCCAGCUUCCUUCAGGCAGGCUGAUUGCGUUCAAAAACCAGGUUCCCUAUCUGGGAAUCAUCAUCUCCUACCAGGAUUACGAGAUGAAGUCUCUUCGUCAUCGUUUGCAAGCGAGCAAGGCCGCCCUCAAGGAAGUAGCGCACGCAGUCCGGAAUAGCCGAGCCAUCACCGAAAAGCGUAGACUGUCAAUCUGGCGCAUUACAGCCUGGGCGUCAGCCAUGUACGGCCUUCACGUGGUGGGCUUGAGCUACUCCCAGGACACGCACGAGAACAAUACGCAGUUCAUGCAACGUAAAGGCCUCAAGACGGCUAAGGUUCAGGUAUUGAAGCGAUUGAAACACUUGCCAACAUUCCAGGAAGCGUACAGAACUAGCCAGCUAGCGCGAAUUACACCCGAACACCAUGUCCUGGAUCCAAUCACUAGAGGGCUUAGUCCAAUCUUUCUGAACGUGCCGCUAGCCGAGAACCUGCAGACUAUGAUAAACAGUUGGAGCAAUCAGACGCCGGUUCGAGCCCUGGUAGCCGCGGAAAAGUUUGUCUUCCUAGCCUUGCCGAGGAUAGGCGCUGCAGACAUGUCGUUGGAGGAUUUCUUUAGAAGUGCGCCUAUGUCCGACAUUUCUUCCAAACGCGGCGAAAUUCCGAGUCAAUCUGGUGGAGAAUCUCCCCAGAAACGCACGAAGAGUGGAGCCGCUCCCUCUUAUAAGGGACAAGGAAAGGGCAAGCAAACUGGUCAGCGACGAGGCGAAGGAAAGUCGUCAGAAGCAAUUGACGAUGACCUAGUGAACGCCGUGGCAAGGCUCGUCUUGCGGCAUGACGAACAGCUCCUGGCAUUGACAUCUGACCUCUGCUACAUAUCCUAUGUCCGAACAGAUGCUCACUCAGUACUGCAAGAGCUUCAUGAAGAGAGCAAACGUCAAAGGAGCCUGAUGGCCCCGACAUCUCCUCCGAGACAUGCGCUCACGCUUCGAUUCUUCAGGGCUCUCAAGGACAGAGUCGUGAAGGUCAGCCAGUCUGAGGCAGUGCAGCAGAAACUCAAGCAGGAGGGCGUGAUGACAAUGCAAGGGGACUGGCCUUAUCUCGAAUGGAGCUCUGGCAGUCAAUCCCCGGUCGGAUCCUUGGAAGACCCCUUGAGCACGUCGCAACUACUCUCGGGACUGGGUGAUGCCAUCUCACGCCUGGAAGCCGACUCGACUCAGGUGACCAUGUUUAAGACGUCGCGCCCCCUUAGUGACAAGAUGACAGGAGGCCCGGUGCGCCUGCUCUUUCAGUUUUCCUGCAAGGUGCUUCUCCCAGUUUUGGCAGUGCUAUAUCACGAGACAGAGGUUCCAGCCGGUAGCGAGUCACUCCCCGGCUCGUACCUCACGCAGAUGAAGACCUUGGUCGAGACGAGGAUGGUGCGGAUUAAGGCACAGUUAUUUCUGCUAGCGGCGGAGUUACUCCCCGCAGACAAGCUCAAACGCCUGCACUCGUACUGCGAAUCACUGAGGGGGUAUGAUGAAUGGCAGGAGGUAAGGCUGCAGCGGAGGAACUCCCUCAGCCAGCUGGCAAUGACGUAUUACGCCAUGGCUAAGCUGCGCGAGCCAACUGAACUCGGUUGGUCGAGAUUGGCAGGCUUUCUCUACGAUUGUGAAGGCGCUUCCCGUGAAACACAGUGA